AUGCCUUCCUUCUCGAAGAUGGCCCUCACGGCUUUCCUCGCCUGCGCUUCCCUCGUCAACGCCCACAUGGUUAUGAAGACCCCCAAGCCAUUCGGUAACCCCAACAACAGCCCUCUCGAUGCUUCCGGCUCCGAUUUCCCCUGCAAGGGUGGGCCCUACGACCGCAGCAGCGUCCAGAACGUUAUGGCCAUUGGCGAGUCUCAAACCCUUUCCUUCACCGGUUCAGCCGUCCACGGUGGAGGUUCUUGCCAAGUCAGCUUGACCACCGACCUCCAGCCUACCAAGGACUCCAAGUGGAUGGUCAUCAAGUCCAUCGAGGGUGGUUGCCCAGCUUCCGUCGCCGGUAACCUGCCCGCUGACCCCAACGGUUCCGGCGCUUCUACCUUCCAGUACACCAUCCCUGAGGGUAUCGCUCCUGGCGAGUAUGUCAUUGCUUGGACCUGGAUCAACAAGAUCGGUAACCGCGAGUUUUAUAUGAACUGCGGUCCCGCCACUGUCACUGGUGCGAAGAAGAAGCGCUACGCCCCUGCUGGCGUCUCUCUUGCCCGCCGUCAAUCCUCGUUCCCCGACAUGUUUGUUGCCAACCUCGCCAGCGUCAACGAUUGCAAGACUCCCGAGUCCUUUGACUACAACUACCCCAACCCCGGUCAGGAGGUUCAAUCCGCUGGCACUGGUCCCUACACCAACCUAGCUUGCGGCGCUGGCGGCAACAACCCUGCUCCUCAGCCUACUGGUGCUGCUAGUGGCUCCGGCCCUGGUUCCGGUACUCAACCCUCGUCUGCUCCUGCCACUGCUCCUACUGGUGGUGCCGGCGGCAACCCAGGCUCUGCUCAGCCUAGUGGCGGCGCCGGCGGUCAGCCUCAGCAGCCUCCCACCGGUAGCCAGCCCCAACAACCCGAGCAGCCUCAACAACCUCCUUCUGGCGGCCAGGGCGGCACUCGCACCGGCGCUCCCGGCUCCUUCGCCACCGGUGCUAACCCCCUGCCUCCUGAUGUCGGCUCUGCCCCCUCGGGCGACGCCCCUGCUGCUUCGGCCCCUGCUGCUCCUCCCGCCAGCACCGGCACCGCCUCUGCGCCCCCCGCCUCCUCUGGCGGCAGCAUCUCCGGCGCCCAGCCCCAAGGCUCCGCCUGCACCGACGAGGGAGCCUGGCUCUGUCUUCCCGGCGGCCAAUCAUUCCAGCGCUGCGCCUCUGGCGUCUGGUCCGUCACCCAAUCCAUGGCUGCCGGCAUGCAAUGCACUCCCGGAGGCGCCUCUGCCAACUUCCAGAUGUCGCGCCUUGGCGGUGUCCCCAAGUACAAGCGCGAGCCUCGUCGUAUCGUCGUCUAA